UCUCUGAGGGCUGCAGCGGAGGCGACGGCGUCGGUGGCUGGCGGGGAUCGACGGCGGCGAGAAAUCGACGCUCGUAGUCGGGCGGAUCCCGCUCGGGGGGGGGGGGGGGGGGGGGGGGGGGAGGGGGAGGGUUGGGGACUGGGCGUUGGAGAGAAUUUCUCACGAGAGGAGACAAGCAUGCGGCAUCGCGGUUAAAUGUUGCGCCUCUCCAUGCAGCCGCUUUUGCUCGGCCUGGUGCUGGCGGUGGCGGAGCGCGCGGCUCCAGGAGAGGCACUGGCCAGGGCACCAGCAGACUCUCGGUGCUCUUCAGACCAGUUUGCAUGCUGGAGCGGCAAAAUAAAGUGCAUCCCACUCAGCUGGCAGUGCGAUGGCUGGGCCUCCUGCGAAGACAACAGCGAUGAAGCUAACUGCCCCGGACCAACGGAAGAGGUGUGGAUCUACCAGAGUAGAGACCGGCCAGAAAACAAAGGCCCACCAGGGGACAACUCCCGCCUGCAGACCACGUUUGGCCUCUCCUCAGACUCUCACAAGAAGUGCCCCUUGGGCUGGCGUUACUACGAGAGCACAGCCAGCUGCUAUCGGGCAUAUGCGACUGCUGACAGCUACUGGGAGGCUGCCCAGCUUUGCGGGCAGGCCGGAGGCUACCUGGCUACUCUCACAAGUGACUUGGAGUUGCAGUUCAUUUUGAGCCAGGACUGGGGACUGGAAGAGCGAGACGGUCUACCACGUGAGCAUGGCAGGUUUUGGGUAGGGUACCAAUACAUUGUCACAAACCGUAGUAAAAAUUCACUGGAGGGCCACUGGCAAGAGGUUCAAGCAUGGGGAGUGGGCUCUCAUCAAGAGGUGGUUCUUCCCCCAGACAAGGUGCCCACUUUUGGAGCAGCCAUCUCAGAGCAGGCAGAGGUGCUGUGUGGCCAGCUGCAGUGCUUCCACUACCCAAGCUUGCGGCACCGUGGGCUGCACAGCUGGUAUGCUGAGAACUGCAACCAGAAAGCUCCCUUCCUGUGCAAGCAAGAAAAGACGUGCAUCGACAUCCGAGAGAACGUGGUGGUUGAGGGCCAAGACUUCACGCCGCGAGGCAGUGACCCGUGCCUCAUGUGCAAGUGUCACAAGGGCGAAGCCGAGACGUGCAUCGCUGCCUUGUGCGAGCGUCCCCAGGCCUGCCAGCGUUUCCAAAUGGACCCUCGUGAAUGCUGCAAGUUUACCUGCCUUGACCCAGCUGGUGGUAGCUUCCUGGAUGGGAUGGCAAGUGGAAUGCGUCUCAUCGUGAGCUGCAUCUCCUCCUUCCUCAUUCUCUCUCUCCUCCUCUUCCUGGUGCACCGUCUGCGCCAGCGGAGACGCGAGCACAUCGAGUCGCUCAUAGGCGCCAACUUGCACCACCUAGGUUUGGGUCGAGGCCGCAUGCAUGGUUUUGAGUUGGGCCCCGAGUCACUGGGCACAGGCUUCACGCCACUGCACCUCUCAGACGACGGUGAGGGUGGAGCCUUCCAUUUCAGCGAACCGCCCCCGCCCUACACGGCUUACAAGUCUCCCGACUCACCCCCGCCUCCUGAGGAUCCUCCACCAGCCUACGAACUGGCAGUCAGCACUGCCCCGACACCGGCUGCUGAUACCGGCGAUGGGGAACGCUACCACCGCCUCGUAGCAGAUGACGCAGGGAUGGCACUGGGCUGUGGUCCCGAGGGGCCGGUGCACCCCGAGGCGGGCAGCACAGCCGUCGCCGUGGUGUCUCCGUGCGCCGAUGGCAGCGCGAUGGCCCUGCUAAUGUCUCAGCCCAACAGUGAUGGUGCCGAAGAUGCCGCGGCGGUAGAAGCAGCCUGCACUGGGGAGGGACGCCUCGCACGCAGCAAGAGUAGCCAGAGUGCUGCAUCUGUCAGUACAGCGGUGUGAUCAUCAUCAUCAUCAUCACCACCACCACCUCUUAGUUUCUUCACUUAUUUUCUUUCUAUUUUUCUGUCAUCGCCCCAAAAGUAUUUUAAAACACACCAUUACUGUUACGUUACGUUCUUCAACUAUGAAAGUGUUAGGUUGCAGUCUCCUGGGCUGCAGAGUGGGGUUCUCAGUGAGUGUGUGCAGUUGAAGCAUUUUCAGAAUGGCUGUCGAAGUUGUGGUGCUCAUGUGACAGUGUUUUGAUGCCUAUGGGCAUAUAUGUCAUGAGCAUGGUAAUUUGGCAGCUCUGACAAUGAUACGGGAGCUGUGUUUUCUGCUCCAUGAGGUCAAAAUUGAGUUUCAUGUGCAAAUUAAAUAAUAUUCUCCUUUGCAGGUUUAAUUCUGCUGUACAACUUAUUUUACUGCUGAUGAGAGCCUUGUAAACAAACUAUCCUUAAUGACCAAGAAAUUGUGUAAAAAUGCUUAAACUUUAAUACUUACGUAGGCUAACCGAUUAAUUUUGUAGUGCUGCCAUCACAUUGUGACACUGAUUUAAAGCUUUCGUAACUGCAGGGAUUCAUAUUCUUGGUUCUUUCGGUAAAGUCACGUAGAAGGGAAACAAUAAAAUAAUAAAAACAUAAACAAUA